AUGUUAUUUCUUAAGCCCUUUAAAAUACGAAAGCACACAUCGCUUCGAGAUACAAAUAAAAAGAAGUUGAUAGAGCAAGUUAUCCGAGACUUUGCAAUUUCGUCAGAAGAUGCGGAUAUAAUUUUCAGGGAUAAAGUUGCAACAGAGAUAAAGAUUCACACGAAUGAUCGCCGAGAUGUAAUGUGCUAUCUCUUUGACGAAGUACCGUAUGUUUUUGUUUAUGAAGAGCAGCUUUAUCCUACUGUUUUCCUCUUGUCGUCUGUUUCGUCCUCAAAUAUUCCUGUAAGAUAUGUCGGCGACACCUUAAUUGAACGAAUUUACAAUGGGUCAGGUGCCUUACCAUGGAGUGCUAUUGCUCCUGAUUCAUUGGUCUCGAAUUCGAAAACCCCUCAAGUGUUCUCGUUAGGGGCAUAUUCUGACUUAAAUUCAGAUAUUCAAGUUUCUAAGCCACUUGUUGUUUGCGUUUCUGAUUCAAACUCCAAAGACUGUUCAGUUCUUCACUUCGCUAAAGAUAAACUAUUUGAGUUGUGUCCACCGCAUUUACUUCAAUCCUUCAAAAUUGGCGAAAAGAGCAAAUCUAGUUCUACUAACCCUGAUCAAUUUCAAGAAAACUCUGAACAAAAUGAAGAAGGGGAAGUUGACGACAACAAAGAGGAACUUAGUUGUGAUGAUUUGUUGAUGUAUUGCUUCUUGUACGCUCUUUGCAGAUUAUCAGAGUCCGAUUUACCGUUGCUUGUCAACGUUUUUUAUGCGAAGCAUAUGAAAUCUGAAUGUCCAAAGGGGGCGAAUUUGGAUAUCAGGAAGACUUCCUUUAAAAAGGUUAAUGUUUUCCUUGAGAAAAUGAAUGACGAAGGUUUCAUCACCAUUGAAACCAUUCCUAAAGACAUUGUCCGAAUUUCAUCUUUUAACAAAAGGCAUCCAAAGCUUAUGGAACUUUUUGCCCACUUUACUGAUUUUGACAAAUUAUUGAUAGAUGCUGAAGAUCAAAAUAAUCCAACUGCUAAAAUUCAACAACCUGUUUCAGUUAAAGUUGGAAAUUUCUACUUCGGUCCGCCAACAUUUGAGGAGCAAAGAAUAAUAACAUCGAAAAUUGCUCCUUUGCUAACUUCUGCAGGAUAUAGAGUCGGUCAAGGUAUUGCUCAAUCGGAGCUCUGUCGAAUUGCUCGUUCGUAUGUCGAUACCAACAACUUGAGUUGUUCAGAGGACAGAAAUUUAAUCACUGUAGACAAGAUGUUAAUGCGUGUUUCUGAUGCGCAUUUGUUCAGGGAAGCCUUAGGAAGCACCCUAUCUGAUCCAAAGUUCCAGAUAACCUUUUCGGAUUUGAUCAAAUCACUGACGAAGGGGCUGAAAGUAGCCUACAAGGCUACUUAUCCUCCAGAAAGUGGUCUGAGUCCUCUCUGUUUAACUAGCAACACACUGCCGAAGAUAAAAUUGUAUGAGGCCACGCAGAACGGAAAACAUGUUACCCGAAUAGGUGGCUUAACAAACUUUGGUAUUGAUAUGAAAGCCUUUUCAAGACAUAUUCAAACGAAAUUGGCUUGUUCGGCUAAUUUGAUUGAAGAUCCUCGUUCAGGUAAUGAAAUGGUUGUACAGGCCCAAGGAAACCACUGCAUUGCACUAUCAAAGCUACUAACAGGUAAGUAG